AUGGAGACGGCGCUGGGCUCCGCGACCUCCCUCACGCCGCCCGGACUGAUGGUCUUCGCCGGCUCCGCCGAGCGCGACGUGGCCUUUGCCAAGGUCUUCUGGGACUCGGUGACCCUGCAGCCCCCGCUGGAGUCCCGCCUGGGCCCCGCGUGGCCGCGGCCUCGCGAGACGCAGAGAAAUAUUGCUUUCCAGAUUCCAUCAGACAAUAACAAGAGUGAACAGAUAAUCCUGGAAGCUCACAAGGCUCAGAAAGCUGAAGAAAAAGAAAAAUAUCUUCAGAAGGCCAAGAGGAGGGAUGAAAUACUUGCUUUACUGUGGAAACAAAGAGAAGAGAGGAUCAGAAAAGAUCAGAUAUCUUGUCUGCAUAAACCAAAGACCAAAACACAUCAAGUAAGGUAA